AUGACCGACGCCAUUCUCGCCCAAUUGGACCGCUUGGUGCCCAAUAUCCCGCUCCAGGUGGUCUCGCAGGGCGCAGAGGCCUUGGUGCUCAGCACGCAAACGCAUCCGUACGCGCAGAAGAGUGGGACGUUCAUCAUAAAGUAUAGGCCGCCAAAACCGUACCGGCACCCGAAAAUCGACGCUCAAAUCACUCGCUCGCGCACGGCGGGAGAGGCCAAGUUCAUGGCGAAGCUUCGGCGGGCCGGGAUCAGGGCUCCGAACCUCGUGUCGGUGGAUCCGAACGGAGGACUCAUCUGGAUGGAAAGUGUAGGCGAAAUCUUGCCCAACGGCGCCGUUUCUUCGCUCAAGAACCUACUAUGGUACUUGGAACAAGGCAGCGAAGCCGCGGGUCUGCUGGUGCAGUCGCAGCUCGAGCUGGCGUGCCGUCACACCGGCGCCGUCAUUGCCAAACUUCACAUGAACGAUAUGGUGCAUGGCGACUUGACUACGUCGAAUAUGCUCUUGCAGGAGGGCGAGGCGUACCUCAUCGACUUUGGGCUUUCUUCGUAUUCGGCUUUGGCCGAGGAUAAGGCUGUAGACUUGUAUGUGUUGGAGAGAGCGGUGUUGAGCACCCAUUCGGUGCAUGCCGAGAAGUACAACGGGUGGCUCUUGGCGGGUUAUAAGGAUGAACAGUGUGGUGCGUAUGCCUCGGUGGGCGGCAAGAAGAAGUACAGCGAGACGCUUAAGAAACUAGAAGAUGUACGGUUGAGAGGCCGUAAACGGUCCAUGUUAGGAUGA